AUAUUUAGGAUUUAGACUGAUGUAAAACCAACAUAACUCAUAUGAUAAGCCAUACAAUUUGUGUGAUGACGUGUGGUGCAUAAAGUUUACCAUUUACUAUUUUCAUCCUCUGCCAUUUGUUUUGGUAUGAACAAGAAUAAGAGAGUGAUCAUGCAUUUUAGUAAAAGCUGUCAUGUUGCACUUUUCUCAUUUUUCCACAAACAUUUUACUAUUAAGUGCAAGGCUUUUGAUUAAAAAACAUAGGAACUGUGUUUCAUAUUUCCACAUAAUGGACAGACUAAUAUUCUUAAUUAAGGUCAUGGGAGAAUAGAAGUUAUCAGGAUAAAAUGCAGCCUUUCUCUUUCUCAAUUUUUCCAACUGGGCAAAGUCAGUGCUCUUAACAAGCCAUAUAAACCCCUCCCUUUUGCAAAAUGACGCCCAUUGUAAUUAAAGUCAUGGGAGUCUGUGUCUUUUUCAGAAACUGGUUACUUACAGGCCAAUACAAGCUCCACGCGCCAGCAUAAAUGAAAAGUUUAUGUAGUUUGAAUACCUUCCCCGGGUUUUCCAUGAAGGUGUAAUUUUCUAUUUUGCUAGUAGAGGUAACAGAAGGCUGAAAAUUGCCAGUAUGAUUUCAGACCUGUUCAUCAUCAUUAUCCUUACUGGUCAUAUAAACACAGACUCUGGGACCACACCGAACAUAAAACAAAUUGUGAUUGGACGAUGUUAUGAGUACAUUACCCUGGUAAACCCUAGUUAUAGAUAUAAAUGCGAGGAGAUCUGGCACGAGUUUGAGGAGGCAGUGGUCCGGACAACACCAUGCAGUGUGAGAAUGAAGGAUUAUGAGAGAAUGUUUCAUGCUGCUUCUCAGACUCCUCCCUGUGACAAACUGCUGUUCUGGAGCAAGACACAAGCGCUGAUGCAGAGAAAUCUAGCUGUCAUAGGAAGCUUAUGGACCUUGGAGGAUACACUGGUGGGAUUCAUGUUCAAGGACCUCAUCUGGUGUGGUCAGCAGGAAAGAGACAGAGGCUUUGAUUUUCUGUCUUGUCCAGAAUGGUCGACGUGUGUGAGCCAUCCUGUGUACUCACUGUGGAAACAAGCAUCACAAAAUUUUGCUGUGGGAGCCUGUGGAAAUAUUACAGUGCUCUUAAAUGGAUCUAUUGAAAAUGCAUUCAACAGGAACAGCAUGUUUGGGAGUGUGGAGCUAGACAAUCUGAACCCCAGGAUGGUGGCCCAUGUCCACAUCAAAGUUGUUCCAAACUUAGAAGGCCCAUUUGUAGAGUCCUGUUCCAAGGGUUCCAUUGUCAGACUCAUACGUAUUCUGCAGACCCGGGGGUUCCACUGGUCCUGCACAGAUAGCGCUCUGAGUCUUCUAUAAUGCCUGAUGAGGUUGGAGAAUACAUGGCAAGGGACCUGAGACCAUUCCUCCAUACAGAAUCUCUCCAGAUCCUUCACAUUUUGAGGUCCACGCUGGUGGACUCUCCUCUUCAGUUCAC